AUGCGACAGAACAAGGCUCCAGCUGCUUCUGCUUGUCCUUGUCCUUGCGCCUGUGCACGCCCCCCUAAUACCUGUACCUUCCGAGUGUCGGAUCUGUCUGUGUCUGUGUCACUCUAUGCCCAUUGCGUGACGCAUGUGCUGGCUGCACCUCGCUCGCCCGAGCCUCUCUUCAAUCCUACAACACUGGCCGCCUUCCCAUCGUCUUUAACUGUCAGCCACCGAGCCAGCUUCACUCGGUCUCAGCUCGUGCGACCGCCUCGUCUACCAGGCCCUCUCACCCCAGCUUUUCCCCGAGGUUCUCGAAUGGACCGGCUACCAAAAUCGCCUGCGCCCGAUGGACCGACGGACCGGACGCCUUGUCGAGGUCCAGACGCCGUCAGGUGGACUGACAAAGAACUCAAGAAGUACGGUGAGCAUUGCGCUAUCCUUUACUACGACUUGCUGCCGAACACCCCCAGUGUCAUCUAUCCAAAUGACAAGCCCAUCGGCUACAUGCAUCUCUACCCCCACACCAGGCCCGAGGAGGCCCUGCCCAGUCCAACCACUCCUAGCAGAGCCUCCCCAUACCGAUCUGGACUUAGACGGCGUCUGUCACCUGAGGAGCGGUAUUCCAACAACCUCGAACGUGAGAAGAGUUUCCACGGCUUACUGACCAGGACUGGAGGACGACCCUGGUAUCCCAUUGAGCGCAUCGAAGAGGUCUCGACGAGACCGACAGAGCACGCCGAGGUUCUCAAGUACUGGCAAGGGGAGUCGCAAGAGCCGAGACCGGAUGAUUGGGUAGUGUACGAGCGGCAAUGGAAAAGAUGGGAUCAGUUUUGUCGUCACCAGGUGGUCAUGAGGAGUGACCCGGAACUCUUCAGCAAGCAUUUUUCCAGGUGUCGCAAACGCUUGGCCAAGCACUCGUUCGCUGGGUCUCUUGAUCUUGAAAAGAAUGCAUCAGACCAAACCGAGUUGUCUCAGUGGAUCGAGUACCUGUGCUUUGAGUAUUUCGAGUACGAAAAGUUCCUCCAGCACAAGAAGUCACAUCAACAGUACAAGGAGGCUUGGAAGAUUCUCGUCAGCACCAAGGCAUUGAAGCCCGGCGAGACUCGGGACGACCUCGAAGCCAACGGUUUUGUGGUGGCUUUUGAGAGGGAGAGGACAUCGUUGAGGCAAGCGGUGGAGCUUGCGAGAUCCAAUAUCUUGCUGGCAGAUCGAGACAUGCUGGACCCAAGUGUGAAGGGGCCUACUGCACAACGGAAACUGUUUGAAGCCCAGGCGGAACUGGACUCGGCGAUCAAGGAAUUCGACGACUUUAUGCAUCGGAAAAUUGCGAUUGGGGAGUACAAGAUGGCGACGGCAACCUACCGAGAGGCCAGGAGCGGAGCAAAGCGCCACGAGAUACUACUGAGAUGGAUACGUGAUCAAAUACCUUUGAUCGAGCAGAAACUGGGAUUGCCAGCUUCGACUGAGGAUGGGUUACACCUUGAAGGGGGGGACGACUGGAGUGAGGGCGACGAUGUAGAUCACCCAUCUCUGCUGUCGCAACAACUGAGUGCACCCCGAAGAGACGGGAAAAAGCGGACACGUCUUGAAGACGAUCAGGGAGAGAGUUCGGAGGAGGAUGGUGGCAGCCCUCUCAAGCGGUCGAAACAGGACGCUGAGGAAUGA